AUGUACUCUGCCAAAGUGAUCUCAUUGCAAUUGAAGGAGGUGGAGAGGAAAAACAGUCCAUGUUUCAGUACAGGACCUGUGGGUGAGGACUUGUAUCACUGGGAAGCUAUCAUAACGGGGCCUAAAGGUUCACCCUAUGAGAAUGGUGUUUUCAAACUAGACAUUCACUUUCCACUUGACUACCCUUUCGCGCCACCGAGGCAAACUGGGAUUGCGCGCGUCAUACAUCCUCCUCAACAAGUUGGGAAAUUCCCAACUUGCGAUAAAAGGCAUAUCGAAAUCUUCGGGAAUAGGCAUCUCCAAUUCCACGAGAUCAACCGAUGCUAG